CACGGGAUUCUUCGUUUCCACACUUACAGUAAAAAGUCCGGAUAGUGAUGGCGGCCUAGGCGUCUGUGGGAUUGACCGUCUUCUUUUGUCAUUCGCUAAAGCCCGAAAGCUUGUGAAGGGGCGGGGCCAGGAGCGCCGCAUUCCCUGAGGUGGUUGUGACGUAGGGCACGUCACGGGGCUGAUCUCCAGGGGGACGGAGGAGGAAGGGGCAGCUGAUGCUGAGCUCAUCUACAAGUUUGCUUUAGGAUAAGCAUCGGGCGCAUCCACAAAAAUGGGGGAGCUCUUCCGCAGUGAAGAGAUGACGCUGGCGCAGCUCUUUCUCCAGUCUGAAGCCGCUUACUGCUGUGUCAGUGAACUGGGAGAACUGGGAAAAGUGCAGUUCCGUGAUUUAAAUCCCGAUGUCAAUGUUUUCCAGCGGAAGUUUGUCAAUGAGGUCAGAAGAUGCGAGGAGAUGGACCGUAAACUGCGAUUUGUGGAGAAGGAGAUUAAAAAAGCAAGCAUCCCAAUUCUUGACACGGGGGAGAACCCGGAGGUCCCCUUUCCUCGGGACAUGAUUGAUCUGGAGGCCAAUUUUGAGAAGAUCGAGAAUGAAUUAAAAGAGAUCAAUACCAACCAGGAAGCUCUGAAGAGGAACUUUCUGGAACUGACCGAAUUAAAAUACAUCCUGCGCAAAACCCAACAAUUUUUCGAUGAGGCUCAAUUCCAUCAUCAUCAGCAGAUGGCGGAUCCUGACCUACUGGAGGAGUCCUCUUCACUGCUGGAGCCAAGCGAAAUCGGAAGAGGAGCACCACUGAGGCUUGGGUUUGUGGCCGGCGUGAUCAACCGGGAGAGGAUACCCACCUUCGAAAGAAUGUUGUGGCGGGUCUGCCGUGGCAACGUCUUCCUUCGUCAGGCAGAAAUUGAAAACCCGUUGGAAGAUCCGGUGACGAGCGACAGCGUUCACAAGUCGGUAUUCAUCAUAUUCUUCCAAGGAGACCAGCUGAAGAACAGAGUGAAGAAGAUCUGUGAGGGAUUUCGAGCUUCUCUUUACCCUUGUCCGGAAACGCCACAAGAACGCAAGGAGAUGGCUGCAGGGGUCAACACAAGGAUUGAUGAUUUGCAGAUGGUUCUUAACCAAACCGAAGACCAUCGCCAGCGCGUCCUUCAAGCCGCUGCAAAAACAAUCCGAGUCUGGUUUAUCAAGGUCAGAAAAAUGAAGGCCAUUUACCAUACACUAAACCUGUGCAACAUUGAUGUCACCCAGAAGUGUCUGAUCGCAGAGGUCUGGUGCCCGGUGGCCGAUCUGGACUCCAUCCAGUUUGCUCUCAGGAGGGGCACGGAACAUAGCGGAUCUACAGUCCCCUCCAUCCUGAACAGGAUGCAAACUAACCAGACUCCGCCAACGUACAACAAGACCAACAAGUUCACGUACGGUUUCCAGAACCUUGUUGAUGCCUAUGGUAUUAGUACUUACCGGGAAAUAAAUCCAGCUCCAUAUACUAUCAUCACCUUCCCUUUCCUGUUUGCCGUGAUGUUUGGCGACUUUGGACAUGGAAUCCUGAUGACGCUGUUUGCUGUUUGGAUGGUCAUAAGGGAAAGCCGAAUUCUGUCGCAAAAAACAGAUAAUGAGCUCUUUAACAUGGUGUUUAGCGGCAGAUACAUCAUUCUUCUGAUGGGAGCCUUCUCCAUCUACACCGGCCUCAUCUACAACGAUUGCUUCUCUAAGGCUCUCAACAUCUUCGGUUCAUCCUGGAGCGUUAGACCAAUGUUUACCAGCCCGAAGGCCAACUGGACUGAAGAUCUUCUCAGGCAUGUCCCUGUCCUGCAGCUGGAUCCCGAUGUCAAUGGAGUGUUCAAUGGACCCUAUCCAUUUGGGAUUGACCCGAUUUGGAGCAUAGCAACGAACAAGCUGACCUUCCUGAACUCCUACAAGAUGAAAAUGUCCGUCGUCGUUGGCAUCAUCCACAUGCUUUUUGGGGUCACACUCAGUUUAUUGAACCACAUAUAUUUCAAGAAACCUUUGAACAUUUACCUUGGAUUUAUCCCAGAAAUGAUCUUCAUGGCGUCUCUCUUCGGUUACUUGGUUAUCCUGGUACUUUACAAGUGGUGCGCCUACGAUGCUGCCACCUCCAAGAGUGCCCCAAGCCUCCUCAUUCACUUCAUUAACAUGUUCCUCUUCAACUACACUGAUAAAUCUCUUCCUAUGCUUUAUAGCGGUCAGAAAGGACUGCAGUGCUUCCUGGUGGUGUGCGCCAUCUUGUGCGUGCCUUGGAUGCUGGUUGUAAAGCCCUUCAUACUUCGCCAUCAGUACCUCAGGAGGAAGCACUUGGGUACGCAUAACUUCGGAGGUAUCCGCGUUGGUAACGGCCCCACGGAAGAAGAUGCCGAAAUUAUUCAGCACGAUCAGCUGUCCAUGCACUCGGAGGAAGGCGAAGAGCUUGCGUCCCAAUUCUCCUAUCAACAAGACUCCGUAGUGAUUUCCUCCCAGGAAAUAGAUAAGGAGGAAAUUGAGGUUGCUAUGGUAACAGUGGAAUCUUUUAAUUUUGGAGAUGUCGUGGUCCACCAGGCCAUUCAUACCAUCGAGUACUGUUUGGGUUGCAUUUCCAACACAGCUUCAUAUCUCCGACUCUGGGCCCUGAGUUUGGCGCAUGCUCAACUCUCGGAGGUCCUGUGGACCAUGGUGAUGCACUUAGGUCUGAAUGUGAAGAACCUGGGUGGUGGAAUCCUCCUGGUCUUUGUGUUUGCAGCAUUUUCAACCCUCACCAUUGCCAUCCUGCUUAUCAUGGAGGGAUUGUCAGCAUUCUUACACGCCCUCCGUCUGCACUGGGUGGAAUUUCAAAACAAGUUCUUUGGCGGAACAGGGUUCAAGUUCUUGCCGUUCUCCUUCGAGACCAUCAGAGAGGGCAGAUUCGAUGACUGAGCGCGCGCCGCUCUUACCCAUCCGUGCCCCGGAACACCUCCCCAUCCCCCGUCAUCCUCUCCCAGUGGUGGUGCAGUGAUGUGAAACCUCGCCUGUCCUUCACGCUUCCUAGGCCCCCAGCAGUAGUCUCACCACGAUCCACAGGAGCCUCCCAGAAGCGGACGAGUAACAAGUACUGGCCACUAGGGGUCACUCUAUACCAAUAUAACGUAGCUGGAGAAGUAUCAUUGAUUUUAAUGUCCGAAACGGGAAGGUUCUUCAUUCGUGUUCUCCUCGCCAUCCUCUACCUCAUCGUUUUGCCCAAGGAUAGGAUUUUUUUUGUUUGUUUUCACAUUGCGUAUUACAGUGAAACCUCUUUGAGCAGACCAGGCACUAAAAAGCUGGUCUUUUCAAAGAGUUUUUUUUUUUUUUUUUU